UGGUGACAGACAGACAUCCACCGGUGCAGACACUUCUUCUCCUCAUUCACAACACAUUCAUGCUGCAGAGAGGUUUAAAAGAACGCGCGGACAUCUGCAUCUGAAAUAUUUGUUCUGCAUGUCAUCAUGCGCUGGUUGUUGGCUGGAUGCUUUGGAUUUGUGCUGAUCAACAUUUCAGUGGCCCCAGAUCCUGCCAUGCAGAUCAUUCAGAAGCCCCGGUUCAUUGGUUUGCCAGUUGGACACAGGGUGUUCAUGUUGUGUCUGUCCUACCCUGUACAAACUGUGCCAGCCAAAGUGGAGUGGUACAAGGCUGACGAGUAUGACAUGGAUAAAUCGAAAACAAUUAAGUUGGCAGCAGAAAAAGGAAAGUAUGAUAUUUUUAACAUCACUGUAAUCAAUAAAUCAAUCAAGAAAGACGCUCCGGCUCUGGUAAUCUCUAAUAUAAAUAUAAAGGACAGUGGAGUCUAUUUCUGCAAGAUGAACGAUCACUGGGGACCUGGGACUGGACUUCACGUUUCCAGAGACAUUAACAUUGCCGAGGCUCUGCACAGGACCAGGAUGAAGGACGGUCUCAUCAUCCUUCAGGGCCUGGUGCUGGCUGUGUGUAUUGCUGCGUUUCUGCUACGCAAACAACAUCUGUUGGAAAAGAAGGACAGCAUAUACGAGGAGCCUGAAACUGAUCACAUCUAUGAGGGUUUGGCGAUUGAGACAUGUGGAGGAGGUCUGUAUGAGGAACUGUCUAUUUACGCCGAGGCUGAAGGAGCUGAGGCCCCAUGGGAAAAAACAGACCGGGAGUGAGACACAUGGCAAUAAUGUCCAAGUUCUUGGUUUUAAAAGUACAAAUUCUACGUUAAAGGUCCUCAGCAGGCUCUGCUCAGGGGUAAAGACCUGUUAUGUUCCUUUAAGUACAAUGUUUGUUUAUAAAUGUGCAACAUAUGACUUCUAAAAUGCUUGCAGUCCUGUCGCUCAAAAGUAAGAUGUUGGCUUUGUACUUAUAUGGAAACCACAAAUAUGUGACAUUUGUCCAUUGCAUACAUAUAGUGUCAAUAUUCCUAAAGUGAUGGAGUCCAGAUUACAUGUAAACCAGCUAAAUUUCUCAUCUGGAGCAGGCGUCGUGGAUGGCGUGACACCUAAGCGAGAUGCCUGUUUGAGACCAACCAACAAGGACACUGUGUUUUUAAUGAUACAUUUCCUGCUGUGCAAAGUCUUUUAACGACACAUCGGGACAUUUUCAGUGGAAACUCGAUAUUUCUAACAGCAGGGGACAUUUCCAGCUGUUUUUGUUGCACCAAAACUGUAUUUUUGAUAAGAAGUUAGGACAUUUUUAGACAGUUUUGUUGCACUAAAACCAGGUUGUUUAACAACACGCUAGGACAUUUUCAGACGUGUUUGCUGCAGCAGAAUCAUGUCUUGUCGAGAUAUUUCAAGUCGUGUUGGUUGCAACAAAACUGGGUAUUUUGAAUGAUAAGUCAGGACAUUUUCAGCUGUUUUGUCACACAAAAAUUAGGUACUUUUUGACAACACAUUGUCACAAAAGCGGAUAUUUUUAACAACACAUAUGGACAUUCCCAGCUGUGUUUCUUGCACUAAAAUUGGGUAUUUUUCACAACACAUCGGGACCUUUCCAACCUUGACAAAAUUAGCUAUUUUAGGCCAAAAAACGUAUCUUUUCCUUACCGUUACCAAGUGGAUUUUAUGCUUAAACCUUAUAACUAGUCAACUAGAUAGUUGAAAUAUUAAUUUCACAAAUAAAAUGUUGCCAAAAAGUAACAUUUCUGGUUUGCAAAAAUGUACAAUGCCAACAUGUAGUCUGUUUUUUGGGGCGCUGUUUAUUUUAUGCUAUUGACUAACAAUGAAGUGAGUGAAUCAGAUGUUAACAACUGACAUUUUUGGUGCUUCAAGAGGAUUUUUUUUAUAAAUAUAAAAAGUAUUUUGUGUGAUUUCAUAAUGACUUAUUUGAGUUUAUCUAUUAUGUUGUUGUUGUUGUUAAAUAUCUGUGUACAUUUUCUUUAUGUAACAG